GUUAGCCGGGAAGCUAACGGUUCAGUCCGGGUCAUUCUGCGCUGUCAGCUCCACUGUAUGACGCUACCGCUGCAAACAACACGCCUGCGCCGUUAAAUGACUCUCAUUCACCGAUUAUGUAGCACUUUACCGGCAAAUUCUCGGGUAAAUGUAUAUUUAUAGGCAUGGCAAACAUUUAAGCACUUAUAUAUUUUGAUUUCUAAGAGCAAAACGGGUCAUUCUCAAGGCCACGGAUGGAACCGGGGCGGCAGCGUGAGAACCCCCCCGGAUCCGGGGAGCCCGAGACGGGGGAGUGGAGAGAGGACAGCGCCGGGGUGGAGACUGGGGAGAGGGAAGACACCCUGAAAAACAGAAGCGGGGAUGGAGGAAACGAGGAAAUUACGGACAAAACCGAAAACACUGAAGUGGCGGAAAAGGAUAAGGCUGAGUUUGAUGAAGAUGAGGAGCAGUAUGAGGAAGAGCUGGACCCCAGAAUUCAGGAGGAGCUGGAACAUUUGAAUCAGGCUAGUGAUGAGAUCAACAGACUGGAACUACAGCUGGAUGAAGCGAGAUCCAGCUAUAGGAGGAUCCUUACCGACUCUGCACGCAAACUUAAUGCUCAGGGCUCCCAGCUGGGAGCCUGCAUUGAAAAAGCCAGACCUUACUACGAAGCCCGUAGACUUGCCAAAGAGGCUCAACAGGAGACCCAGAAGGCAGCGCUGAGGUACGAGAGGGCUGUCUCCAUGCACACAGCUGCCAGAGAGAUGGUUUAUGUGGCUGAGCAAGGUUUAUUGGCUGACAGGAACACAUUGGACCCUACCUGGCAAGAGAUGCUAAACCACGCCACAGCCAAGGUGAACGAGGCAGAAGAGGAGCGCUUGAGGAGCGAGAGGGAGCACCAGCGUGUCACUCAGCUCUGUCAGGAAGCAGAAGCGCGUGUGCAGACUUUGCAGAAGGCUCUUAAGAGGGUCAUUAUCAAGUCCAAGCCUUAUUUUGAACUCAAGGCUCAGUUCAACCACAUCUUAGAGGAGCACAAGUCCAAAGUCGUCCAGCUGGAGGAACGGGUGGCGAAGGUGAAGACCCGAUAUUCUGUCGCCCUCCGCAACCUUGAGCAAAUCAGCGAGCAGAUCCAUGCGCAAAGGGGGCGCAUUCGUGCCGCCAGGGAGCGCAACCGAGCCCGUGGUGGGCGGAGCUCUCCAGUGGGGGCGGAGUCUGAGGGGGUAAUCCAGGCAGGGGCGUAUGGAGGGGUGAUAGCCAAUCCUUUAAUGGAUAACGACUGGGCCGAUCAAGAGAAAACCAGGCAGUGGGUGGAGAAACACAGGGAGACGGGGUGGGGCCAGAGAGAGAGGGUGGAGAAGGCGGGGUCAGACUCUAUGUCAGUCAUCAGCCUGCAAACCAUCGCCUCCGACCUGGAGAAGUUCGAUUCCGUGGAGCACUUGGGUGACCUGAGUGACGUCGGAAGUAUAAUAGGUGAGGAGAAAGAGGUGGAGAGCGAGAGAGGGUUUAGGGUCGACGAUAGAAUUGUAGAGAGGGAGGUGGCGAACCUCUCGAAACAGGAUGCGGAGAAAGGUGCCUCAGGGACAGACAGACAGCAGAGAGAGAGAGAGCGUGAGAGCUUUGUGAAGCAGCACCACAGAAGUGUUAGUUUGUGAGGAAAUAGGAAAUUAGAGUUGCCUGUUACUCCACCCCGAUCUCGGAGGGCUAAAGCUUGCCUGCAGGCUUUCAGACGAGACUCUUAACUGACUACAAAUGAAUCUGACUGAAAACGCUCUGCGUUUGCUUAAAGGUGUAGUGUGUAGUUUUAAUGGAAUUACAAAAACAAACACAUUUCAACAAUGGUUAAAUAAACAGAUGAUCCCGACCACAAACUUAUGAUAUUGGUUGAGCCAAUGCCGCUGUGUCAAAAAGACAAAAAGUGUUUGCAUUAAGUUAGAAGAAUAUCAACAAAAAUUACACACUCCACUUUUAAUGGCACUAACUAUGGAAGCCUGUUGCCACCUGAGAGUAAUAAAAAUAAAAUGGUAAUUGUAGAUCAAAAUUAAUUUUGUCACAGUUAUGAGAAACAAAGUCACGAUGGGCCUCAUUCGUGAAAUGUUUGUCAAUAUAUGAGUAAAUUUGGAGUACCUAAAAUGGACCUUCCCAAAGACUACUCCUGAUUCACAAACGCGUGAAAUCUCAAAUUUGAUAAUUGAAUGAAUUUAGCAAAAUUGAAUUAUGGCUGUUUUCAAUCAUUUUUAUUUAUUAAUGAAAAUGUUCACAUUUAACUAAUUGAUUAACUAAUUAAUUGUGUUAUAUGAAAUACUCUGUUUUGGAGUUUUUAUAUAAUAUAAAUACAUUACUCUGAAAUCUGAAUGGCUUUACAAAUAAUUUAGAUAAAAAAAUCCUUUCAUGUUUCAUGAAUAAGGCCCAUUGCGACUUUUUGCUAUUUUAUUUCACAUAUUUGCAAGAAAUAAACCUGCAGUUGUCUUGUUUGAUAUAUUAAUAUGUAUAGUUGAAGUCAAAAGUUUACAUACACCUUGCAGAAUCUGCAAAAUGUUAAUUAUUUUACCAAAAUAAGAGGGAUCAUACAAAAUGCAUGUUAUUUUUUAAUGUAGUACUGACCUGAAUAAGAUAUUUCGCAUAAAAGAUGUUUACAUAUAGUCCACAAGAGAAAACAAUUGAAUUUAUUUUAAAAAAUGACUCAAAGGUUUACAUACACUUGAUUAUUAAUACUGUGUUGUUACCUGAAUGAUCCACAGCUGUUUUUUGUUUGUUUGUUUAGUGAUAGUUGUUCAUGAGUCCCUUGUUUGUCCUUCAGAAAAAAAUUCCGGGUCCCACAAAUUCUUUGGUUUUUCAGCAUUUUUGUGUAUUUGACCCUUCCCAACAAUGACCGUAUGAUUUUGAGAUUCAUCUUUUCACACUGAUGACAGCUGAGGGACUCAUAUGCAACUAUUACAGAAGGUUCAAACACUCACUGAUGCUCCAGAAGGAAACACAAUGCAUUAGGAGCCGGGGGUGAAAACUUUUGAACAGAAUGAAGAUGUGUACAUUUUUCUAAUUUUUCCUAAAUAUCAUAUAUAUAUAUAUAUAUAUAUAUAUAUAUAUAUAUAUAUAUUUUUUUCUUUUAGUACUGCCUUUCAGAAGCUGCAGAAGAUACUUACAUGUUUCCCCCCCCCAAAAAAAUAAGUUAAAUUUACUCUGAUCUUCAAAUUCAAAAAGUUUUCACCCCCAGCUCUUAAUUUAUUAAGAAUCAAGUGUAUGUAAACUUUUAAACGGGGUAAUUUCUAUAAAUUAAAUUAUUUUCUCUUGUGGACUAUAUGUAAACGUCUUUUAUGUGAAAUCUUAUUCAGGUCAGUAAAUAACUACAUAACAAAAAUAGCAUACAAAUUUUUUUUUUAUCACUUUUAUUUUGGUAAAAUUGUCACCAUUUUGGUGUAUGUAAACUUUUGGCUUUAACUGUACAUAUAUAUGUUUUGUUUUGUUUUUUUCCUGAAAAUGGUGAAAACUGGCUUCCAUAACUAACUGCCCUACCACAUGUUUCAAAUGAGUGGAAAGCUCCUCGAGUGGUGAUGACUAAGAUUCAGAAAUUAUAAUGAAUUCAUUUUGGACAAAAAAAAUAGAGUAAUUGAGAGGAAAGAGGGUAUUAACACACCUAUUAACACAACUACACUGAUUGACGUGGCAUUAUUGUAACACUGCACUAUAGGGGCGGGGGUUCAGAUGUUUUCAGCAAAUUAAUGAAUAACAAUAAGGAGGGGGGAGGUUGAGGCGGUAUUUUAGUCAGUCCGCAUGGAUUUGUAGUUCUCACGCUCCGAUCCUGUCUUUUCUUGGUUACUUUUUCACUCUCGGUCAGGGAACAGGGGAGAAAAGACAGAAAAAACACUUCACACAAUGCGAGAGAGAAGGGAAACAAGUGCGAAAUGGAUUGAAGAUCAAACUCACAUCUCUUUCUAAUACCUCAGAAAAGGGAAAUGCUCUUACAAUGGAGGUCUGUGGGUACAGUUUCACAAUUCUCAGAUAGGCUUCCAUUGAUAGAGUAUAACUUUAAGCACUCUUUUUUUUGUUGGUGAUGGAUAAUAUGACGCUGUUGAUCAAACUUAACCUGGAAUAUUUUUUUAUAAUAUUGCUGUUUUAGUUUCACAUCUCCAGGUCUCUCUCAGCAAGUGUAGAUAUCUGGAAUAUUUUGUUUUUAUUUUUUUUUAUUUGGCUGUCAGUUGGUAUUAUUUUGCGCAUGUUACGUUAAGUUCUAGGUCAUCAAUUUGUGGCAUUUAUGAUACAUUUUAGAUCUAGAGUACUGUUUUAUUGAUUUUUAUCUAUUUGAGAGAUUUAGGUCAGUCCGGGAACGUAAGAGGGUCUUGUCUUGGCAGAAAGACAAGAAACAGUACAUGUUUACAAAUUUACAAGUGUGUCAGUUCUGCUGGAUUUUUACAAGAGAAGUUGAGUGAAUAAAACAACAGUGGAGCGGCUGAAUGAUGUGUACUUGAUGACGUUAACUGUGUUUUGCAGAUAUACACUUUGAAAUCAUGUAAUGCGCUAGCUGUUUGAACAAACCGUGCUGUGGACAGUACAGUAUUGUUUGCAAGUUUACAUCCUACUCUCCUGAGUUUUUUCUUGUUUUUUGGAUUUUUUAAAAAUGUAGUUGUUGUAGUUCUUGUCCGCAAACCCUGUAAAUCCAUCCUUCCCCCCAACAUAACCUGUUCUGUACAGAUUCACCUCUCGUCAUAGUACAGUAAAUAGAUGAUGAUCUGUAGAGUUAAUCCAGUAUGCUGCUGUCUCUCUCCAUUCAUUAGGUCACAUGAACUCUGUGUAUAUACAAGCUGAUGUAUGAUGAAUACAAGUAAUCCGUGACUGAUACUGUAACUUAUUCUGUAAAUGUUAAUUUAUUGCACAAUUAGAGAUAUUAAAACUUGAAUUUAACAACUA